AUGGCAGGACACCACGACCCCAAGCUUCUGUACACCAUCGCCAAUGUCAAGGCAUACCACAUCCAGGGUGGAGAGGAGCAGGACCUGACCUCGUCGGGCCCCCAGACGCUGUCGCUGCUGAUGGUGCCGACCUCGUCGCCCUUCUCCGACCUGUCGUCGACCAUCCCGCAGAACGAGAUCCCCGAAAACGAUUUCUACCUGCACCUGAACCUCCCUCCUGAGCUGGAUCUGCCCCUGCCGGCCACCACCCAAGUCUACCACCAGCCUCCCCACUCGUACUUGAUCCCUCGCUGGGACCUGGGUGCCGACAGCGGCAUCUUUACCCGCAUCACAUUCGACAAGAACAUCUCGCCCGAGGACCACGACACAUUCGAGACCAUCCUCGCCCAAUGUACUGCUUUCCUCGAGCGUGCUGCACCACCAAAGCCCUCUCGUCCUUUGGAACAGUACAACCCCACGGACUACGCUCCCGGUGGUAAAUACCACGAUGUCAAGGGUUCUGGACACGGCCAGGUUGUUCUUAUCGACGAGGACAAUGGCAGCAUUAUUGGCGAACUGGCCGGUGACGCUCAUAUCGUCGAGGACUCUUCCUUGAACCAAGGAACAAAGAACCCCGUCCAACUCGAAAUCUCGCCCGACGGAAAACGCAUCAGCGUCAUGCCCAUCAGUGAAGAAUACCUACAGAUGGCCCGUCACCCCGCAUACAAAGACAGCGGCAUGGUCCAGAACGCCGCAACUGCCUCUCGCUUCAUCGUUACCUCGAGCAGCCGUCUCGGUAACAUCUUGACCGCUGGUGCUGAGAACUUUACCCAGAAGGUCAAGCCCGCCGCUAAGCCCAUGGAGUUCAGUCCUGCUGCCCACGAGCGUGUCCGUAAGAUCAACGCCUUCACCAACAGUGCCGCCGGCAUGUCUGCAAAGACUGUUGGCCAGGCAUCCAAGUACGCCCAGAACAUUGGUGCCAGAUUUGGCGGCAAGAACGAGGAACGCUACAAGAAAGGAUACGAUGCCAAAGGCAAGCCUCUCACCAAAGAUGAGUACAAGCCUGGUCUACUCAACAGAAGUAUGAUUGCUUUCUCCACCAUUGCCGACGGUUUGGCUACCAGUGGCAAGCACCUGCUCGAACAGAGUGGUUCGGCCGCAACAACUGUUGUCGGCCACCGCUAUGGCGCAGAAGCCGGAUCUAUCACAUCCAGUCUCGCUGGUGGUGUAAAGAACGUCGGUCUCGUCUACAUCGACGUGACAGGUGUCUCUCGCCGUGCUGUUCUCAAGUCAGUCGCCAAAGGAAUGGUGGUUGGCAAGGUGCGCAACGGCGGCCAAGUCAUCGUCGGCGGUGGAGACGGUGGAGUGGUCGAAGACGAGGACAUGAGAAAAGCCGGUCUCAAGAGUGACGGACAACCUCCUCAAGGCCCUGGAUAUGGAAACGUCGGCAGCGUUGAGGGCUACGGCAUGCAGAGCGGCCCACCAGCAUAUGAGAGUGGUGUUGGAGAGUCGAUCGCAGGUCAACCUGCAUCGCAGCGCGAUCUGAAGGGUAAAUACGCAUGA